AUGCCCCGCAUUCCCCCUCCUUGCCCUUCAUCCGUCACUCGUGAUGUUGACUACCCCCUCUCCCAGUCCGAAUCUCGUCUAUAUUCCUUCUCGCCGGAGACGAAAGAGAAGCUCCGCAAGUUUCGCUUGGGUACCUCGCGCGCCAAAGACCCGCAGGCUGUUAUAUAUAUAAUCGACAACAAGAGCCAAGAAAUCCGCCCAGAGGAUGGUGAAGUCUACACGAAGAUGGAAGAUCUCGCCGACGAGCUUCCCGAGACGUCGCCUCGAUUUAUCCUUCUCAGCUACCCGUUGACCUUGUCGUCCGGCCGUCUCACCGUCCCCUAUGUGAUGCUCUACUACCUCCCCGAGAACUGCAACCCCUCGCUGCGGAUGAUGUAUGCGGGUGCCGUCGAGCUGAUGCGCAGCACCGCCGAGGUGAACCGUGUGAUUGAGGUGGAGAGUGAGGAGGAUAUUGUGGAGAUCGAGGCCAAAUUGCAGAGCCAGAAUUGAGUUGGCGGUCCGGGGGCGGAGGAUGAGGUGUCGGUAUAUAUCAUCUUUCGGGCUAUGAUCUCCUUCGUGGGUCUAUAGCCUGUCUUUUCUUUUGGGCUCGUACAUCAAGCGCUUUUAAUGGUAUAUUUAGCGGUGUACGCUAUUGCUUUUGGGAUUAAAAUCUGUCGGGCUGAGGUUGGGUUUUGGUUUUGCUGGUGAGAUGCUGGUUUCUCUGGUGAGGAAUCGGACCUUGAGGUUGAUAUCCUUGUUCCCGACGGGAUAGAUUGUUGCACAAUCACAGUACUGGAUCUGUAGAGCUGUCAACCUUGCUCU